AUGAACCGAUUCUGGAGCCCGAAGGUGAAGCUGCAGGGCGACGGGCGGUGGCCCGACAAGAAGCUGCGGGGCGUUGGGCGGCGGCCCGACGAGAAGCUGCGGGGCGACGGGUGGCGGCCCGACGAGAAGCUGCGGGGCGACGGGCGGCGGCCCGACGAGAAGCUGCGGGGCGACGGGCGGCGGCCUGACGAGAAGCUGCGGGGCGACGGGCGGCGGCCCAACGAGAAGCUGCGGGGCGACGGGCGGCGGCCUGACGAGAAGCUGCGGGGCGACGGGCGGCGGCCCGACGAGAAGCUGCGGGGCGACGGGCGGCGGCCCGACGAGAAACUGCGGGGCGACGGGCGGCGGCCCGACGAGGAGAAGAUAAACGCGACAACGUUCGACGAGAACGAGUGA